AAAUCCUCCGCUUGUACGGAAACAACCAGGCUCUCAAGAUGGCGGCCCCACUCGGAAACAGCAUCUGGGAGCAGCCAUGUUGCCUUUUGAACAAAGCCACUGAAGAUGCGAAACGGGCAAAACCGCCCCGUACGGAACAGCCCUGCCUGGGGACCCCAGCGUUGCGCUCACGGACAGGAAGCGAGAGAGUUCGCCAAUAUGGAUGUGACAGCGGUUCCCAUUCAGCGGUGAUGGGGGUUUGGGGAUCUGAUAAUCGAGCUAGGAGUCAGAGGCGGGGAUGUGUUUGGUCAAAGAUCUGUUUUGAUACAGCCUCGGAUACUCCAUAUAAAAUAAUCUCUCCGUCAUGGGAGCCCCCACUUCCUCUGAACUAGUUCAGCUCUGUCUGCAUGACUUGUCCCAGGACUGAGAAAAGUUUACCAGUCAUCUGGCCUUUUGGAAGAACAAAAAAUGAUGAAGUCCCAGACAUCAUGAGUUACACGAUUUGCAUUUCCCUAAAGAGAAAGAUAAAUUUCCCAUGGGAUUAGUAUCAUUCAAGGAUGUGGCUGUGGAUUUCACCCAAGAGGAGUGGCAGCAACUUGACCCUGCUCAGAGGACCCUGUACAGGGACGUGAUGCUGGAGAACUAUAGCCACCUGGUCUCAAUGGGGUAUCCAGUUUCCAAACCAGAUGUCAUCUCCAAGUUGGAACAAGGAGAAGAGCCAUGGAUCGUAAAGAGAGACAUAUCAAAUUGGAUCUAUCCAGAUGAAUAUCAGGCAGAUGGGAGACAAGACAGGAAGAGUAACCUUCACAACUCUGAAUCAUGUAUUUUGGGGACAGUUUUUUCCCAACAUAAGAUACUGAAAGGAGUCACAAAGGAUGGUUCAUUGUGCUCCAUUUUAAAAGUCUAUCAAGGUGAUGGCCAGCUGCAGAGAUUUCUGGAGAAUCAAGAUAAACUCUUCAGGCAGGUCACAUUUGUUAACAGCAAAACAGUGACUGAGGCAUCAGGGCAUAAAUAUAAUCCAUUGGGAACAAUGUUUCAACAGUGCAUAGAACCAGAUACAUCAAUACAGAGAUUCCAUAAAUAUGAUGCUUUUAAAAAGAAUUUAAAACCAAAUAUUGACAUACUGAGUUGUAAUAAGAGCAAUUCAAGGAAAAAACCUGCUCAAAGUUUGGGAGUUGGAAAAUCAUCUAGUGAGAGUGAGCCCAAUUCUAAUCUUGAGAAGAUUCACAAUGGAGUAAUACCUUUUGAAGAUAAUCAGUGUGGAAAUGUUUUAAGCAAUACACAAUCCCUUAUUCAAUAUCAGAAUGUUGAAACUAAAGAGAAAACCUGUGUAUGCGUUACAUGUGGGAAAGCCUUUGCUAAGAAGUCACAGCUUAUUGUACAUCAAAGAAUUCAUACUGGAAGGAAACCAUAUGAUUGUGGUGCAUGUGGAAAAGCCUUCAGUGAGAAGUUUCAUCUUGUUGUACAUCAGAGAACUCAUACUGGGGAGAAACCUUAUGAUUGCUCUGAAUGUGGAAAAGCCUUCUCUCAGAAAUCAUCCCUUAUUAUACAUCAGAGAGUUCACACUGGGGAAAAACCCUAUGAAUGUAGUGAAUGUGGGAAAGCCUUCUCCCAGAAAUCACCCCUCAUUAUACAUCAGAGAAUACAUACUGGGGAAAAGCCCUAUGAAUGUAGAGAGUGUGGGAAGGCCUUUUCCCAGAAGUCACAGCUGAUUAUACACCAUAGAGCUCAUACUGGAGAGAAGCCGUAUGAGUGUACUGAAUGUGGGAAAGCCUUCUGUGAGAAGUCCCACCUCAUUAUACAUAAAAGAAUUCACACUGGUGAGAAACCCUACAAAUGUGCUCAAUGUGAAGAAGCCUUCAGCAGGAAGACGGAACUCAUUACACAUCAGUUAGUUCAUACUGGGGAAAAACCUUAUGAAUGUACUGAAUGUCGGAAGACGUUCUCCCGCAAGUCACAGCUUAUCAUACAUCAGAGAACACAUACUGGAGAGAAACCCUAUAAAUGUAGUGAAUGUGGCAAAGCCUUCUGUCAGAAGUCACAUCUCAUUGGACAUCAGAGAAUUCACACAGGAGAAAAACCUUAUAUAUGUACUGAAUGUGGGAAAGCCUUCUCUCAGAAGUCCCACCUUCCAGGACACCAGCGAAUUCAUACAGGAGAGAAACCUUACAUAUGUGCUGAAUGUGGAAAGGCCUUUUCUCAGAAGUCUGACCUUGUUUUACAUCAAAGGAUUCAUACUGGGGAAAGACCCUAUCAAUGUGCAAUAUGUGGGAAAGCCUUCAUCCAGAAGUCACAACUAACUGUACACCAGAGAAUUCAUAAAGUGGUAAAAUCAUAAUGAACUGGCCACAGAAAAGCCUUAGUAUUAGCUCAAGCCUUAAUACUUACUAGAAACCGAAUUAAUUUGAUAAUCUUGGGGACAACAUCUCAAUAGAUAAAAUUUUUUAAGGGAAUUUAUGUUUCUAGUAUGGUGGUGCCUAACUUUUCCAGCAAAGAUGAUGGAAAAUAGUUAUAUAAAUGAAGAACAUUUUUAACAUGGCAUGUGAAGCUUUUAAAGUUAUGAACUUAAUGAUCAACACAAGUUAAGCAUACAGAAUAUUGUCAAGUUGCAUAUUCCUUAUACUACAUAAUGAUAAUCAGCCAUUGUGAAACUGCUGAUAUUAGUUUGGCAUAAUUAUGGCCAUAAAGUAAUUUUCUAUAAAAGACGUGGAAGAAAGCUUGAGUAAACAACAAAAUAAAACCUAGAAACUAUUUUAAGAAGGGACUGGAGCAUGAUCCCUAAAGCUACAUAUAAAGUUCUUGUACAAAAUAUGGAAAGAUAGGUUGAUCAUAUUCAGUAAAGUUUAUGCAUAUGCAUUUCCCCAUCUCAAGCAUAUAAGUUGACCUGCACCUCUGAAAGGACCUUGAGAUUGAUGUAUUUUGAGCAGGUCUCCCUUUUACUCCCCCAAGCUGGGAACUUGUAGCUGAAAAAUACUGACACUGAGGCCAGAUAGUCUUGGGUUUAAUCCUGGCUCAGUGAUUCACAGACUGUGUGACUUUAGGCAAACAUACUUCCCCUCUCUGAGUAUGUUUUAUCAGUAAGUACAAAUACAAUGCAGUGCUCAUUUUCAGUUAAUAUUAGUACUUUUUAAAUCUUUACUCUUGAAGCAUUAGAUGCUAAGACUAAUGUGUAAAAGCCACGUCUGAACUUGCUUUGCCCUCUGGACACUCUGCUUUUGAUUGCCCAUCCCUGUAAGUGGCUCAUUUUACUGUCUUCUAAUCCUGGUGGCCUUAUCUUUGCUAUGUUAAGGUUACAUUUUUUAAUACUUGCAUUUAUUUACAUACACUUAUAUAAACUGUGGUGACUGCACAUAAAGACCUGCCUAAUGUCUCUUCACUUCUUAGUGAUUCUUGCCUUGAAACCCCAACUGUUUUCCCUGAAAAUUUACAGGGGAAAAUUCUUGAGGUGAGAAGUCAUGCCUGCAUAGCCUUGAGAACAUGAGGUCUCUAAAAUAUCUCCUACUGUGUUUUUUGUCAUUCCAUCUAUUCCCCCAUAAGCAUUUUUAGAUGAGCACCCUUGCUGGCGGUGACCAGCAGGAGAGCAUACUUGGCAAGGUUGAGAAUGCCUGUGUGAUAAACACAGCAUCUGCACAUGUUUCCUGCUUGAUUUCCUACCUACUUGAUACCCUUCCUGCUUGGCUGAACUGUCUGUUGUGAAAACAUGGGACUCCUCUGGUUGCAAACCACUAUAGAGUGAGGGUACACUGGACAGGGAUGUGGUAACUCAGUAUUAAAACUGCCGUUCACUGGACAGAGAUGUGGGAACUCAAUAUUAAAGAUGUCUUUCCCCCACGUCCCAGGUGAUUUAUAUAUUGUUGGGGUGGGGAAAGAGAAAUCCAAAGGAGCAAGCCCAAUCAUAAAAUAGAAUUGCUAAUUUUAUUGUUGAAUAACAGAAAUGAAAAUACUAUGUAGCAUUUAGGUAGCUAGCACAUGGCUAUAAAACUUUAGUGGAUUUUUAGCUCUGUUUAUAUGGAACUAAAGCUACAAUUAUGUGGAGCUAAGCUUCCCCCCCAUUAGUAAAUGGGAGAUACCUAGUUUUCAUCAAUACUUACAUUGAGCUUACUCUGAUGUCUUGUUUUGCAUAAUUCUUUUAUCAGGCUUGCUCUGAUGGUCUGUUCUUUAUAUUUUUUUUAAAUCUGUGCAUCCUAUAAUUGCCCCUGACAGUGUAUCUAACACAUGUGUUUAGUCAUAUUCUUCACUCCUCAGCAAAGUCACAUCAGUUUUCCACAAUAGUCAAUGAACCCCAUAUUAAAACCUCAGCAAGCUUUAAAAAAAAAAUCUUAUAAUUUGGUUCUAAAAUUAUAUA